UAAUGGGCGUGUUCCAACGAGGGGUGAGUAUUUACACUUCUAUCAACGACACCUACAUGCAGUGUGCGACUUCCCGUCGUACAUACUUGGAUCUUGAACUGAAGAAGGCCUCCUACGUCUGGGAACUGAAAGGUCAUGGCGGUUCUGUCAAAAGUAACGCUACGUUUAACUUGGAAGAAGGAGAGGCUGUUGACACGCUUAACUACUACAUCGACAACGAUCGGACGCACGUUUACACUUGCCAUUUCUUCUACACCGACUACAACACAUGUGUGGUCCUUGAAAUGUCUUUCCAGGGCCAUAAUCAAUGCACGCUGUGGGUGAAGCCCGCUGUCGUUGAUCAUGUUCCUGGACACUGCCGUAAAAACUACAAAAAGAAGUGCAGCGUCAGAUUCCCGACGUAUGAUAGGGAACAGUGUAAGGUGAACUAAUAAAGGCAAAA